GAGAGAAAGAGACUGACUUGGGAAAAGAAAGUUUCGGAGAGAGUGAGAGAGAGAGGGAGAGGCCCUUAAAGAAGAAGGAGAGGAGAAGGCGGAACGAUUGCAACGGCGCAGGGGAAGGAGGAGGAGAGAAGAGGGGUCCGGAUCGAACGGAAAUGGGCAGUUUACAGACAUGGCGGAAGGCCUAUGGGGCGCUGAAGGACUCCACUAAAGUUGGUCUCGCUAAGGUCAACAGUGACUUCAAGGAAGUGGAUGUUGCAAUCGUCAAGGCCACCAAUCAUGUCGAGUGCCCACCAAAGGAGAGACACCUCAGGAAAAUCUUACACGCUACAUCGACUCUGCGUCCCCGGGCAGACGUUGCCUACUGCAUACACGCUCUUGCUAGAAGAUUGGCGAAGACUCAUAAUUGGACGGUUGCUUUAAAAACAUUAAUAGUUAUUCAUAGGUUGCUAAGAGAUGGUGAUCCAAGUUUCAGGGAAGAGCUGGUUAAUUUUUCCCAAAAGGCGCAUAUCCUCCAGUUGUCUAAUUUCAAGGAUGACUCAAGCCCUAUUGCUUGGGACUGUUCUGCAUGGGUUCGCACCUAUGCUUUGUAUCUUGAGGAAAGACUAGAGUGCUUUAGAAUAUUGAAGUAUGAUGUGGAGGCGGAGCGUUUGACAAGGCCUGGGCAAGGUCAUGAGAAGGGGCACAGCAGAAUAAGAGAUGUUGGUGAUGAGGAGUUGUUGGAACAACUGCCUGCCUUGCAACAAUUGCUUUAUCGUCUUGUUGGUUGCCGGCCAGAAGGUGCAGCUGUUGGGAAUUAUGUGAUCCAAUAUGCCUUAUCUCUGGUUCUGAAAGAAAGCUUUAAGAUUUAUUGUGCUAUAAAUGAUGGUAUAAUCAAUCUUGUUGAUAAGUUUUUUGAGAUGCCUAGACAUGAGGCUAUGAAAGCACUUGAAAUAUAUAAAAGAGCAGGCCAGCAGGCUGACAGCCUUUCUGAAUUCUACGACUUAUGCAGAGGGCUGGAACUUGCUCGAAAUUUUCAGUAUCCGACCUUGAGACAGCCACCACAAACUUUCCUUGCAACUAUGGAAGAAUAUGUAAGGGAAGCACCAAGGGUGGUUUCUGUGCCAAGAGAACAACUAGAAUUUCAGGAGAGGCUUCUUCUUACUUAUAAACCAGAUGUUGAUUCUUCACCUCGUGACAAUAAAGAAGAAUCUGCGGAAGAACCACAUCCAGAACCACAACCUCAACCACAAGAAGCACCACCAUCUUCUAAUGGCAAUGUUGCUACUCCUGAUUUUGAUUCGAACAAUGUGGAUCUGCUUGGAUUAAACGUUGGUAUAAGUGCUGAUGCAUCCACAAUCGAGGAAAGUAAUGCAUUAGCCCUAGCAAUAGUUCCAGCUGGUAAUUCAUCUCAUGAUGCUGCUGGAUUGCAAACAAAUGCACAUGAUCCUACAGGAUGGGAGCUUGCACUAGUUACCAGUACCACUGCAGGCAACAGCAGCUCUACAACUGUUGAGAGCAAACUGGCUGGUGGGUUUGACAAGCUUACACUUGAUAGCUUGUAUGAGGAGGCAACGUAUAGACAACAGCAGCCUACAUAUGGAGUGGCUACUGUGGCUUCAAAUCCAUUCCAGUCGCAUGAUCCGUUUUCUUCCUCCGCUGGAAUAGCACCGCCUUCUGGAGUCCAAAUGGCAGCCAUGGCUCAGCAACAGCAUAUGAUGGCACUACCGCCGCCUAAUCCCUUUCUUUACUUUAAUCAGCAGCAGCAGCAGGUGGGUGCAAAUCCAUUCGGCGAUGCUACAUUUGGACCCUUCCCUAACAAUUCUGCACAACACCACCAAAACAACCCAUUUGCAAACACUGGCUUGCUAUAGGUGUACCAAAAUAUUUGAUCUUUGUUAUAUAGGUGACACUACCUCUGGAAGCCUAAGCCUAUCUGGUUUUUCUGUAUGCGACAGAAACGUGUAUAAUCUUCCCACUUUUUUUGUUCUCGGUUUUACAGCAUAAUGAAUUCCCUAUUCUUGUA